UUCUAAAACUGCUCAUCAGUUCGAAAACAAAUCGGAAAGAAAGACCCGAAAGUAUUCCUAUUUAUUUUCAUUUUUAUAAUAUUUAAAUUGGUUGACUCAAAACGCUUUUAAUAAAUUAUUCAUUUUAAACACUGGAGGUUUGAAAACACCUUAAAUGUUCCAUUUAGAAGGAAAUAUUUCGGAAUUUGACUUUCCAAAAUAUAGUCUAAACUCUUUAUUAGAUGCAACCACUGCUCUAAAAAGGCGGUCUUUUGGCAAGCACCACCCCCAAACAAUAAACUUACUACUGCAAGUAAACUAGUGCAGUAAUACACUGUUCUCGACCCUGGAAUACAAACGAAAACUAUGGAUUCCUGCCAGUCGUGUAUUAGAAACCAGGGCUACGAAUCCAGUACGGGACUUUGGCGCCAGUCCCUCUUUGUUUAUAGCACCCAGUGACGCCAUCUCUUCUUAUUAAAUAGAGAAUCGAAACUUACGCACGAAGAGUCAUGACGUCAAAGGUUCCCGAAAUAGUAACUCCUCCUCUGCCUAUUACGUCACAACGAAUCGAUGUUGUUGCCGUGUUUCUAUUUUUAGAAUGGGACUCUUGAAGUCCGAGCUAUUUCUUCCCAAGGUUGGGUGGGCAGGUGCCUUGUUUUGGCUGGUAUGGGACAGAUGACGGCAAAAUUCCAAGAGUAAGGGAGCAAUGUGUCACUCUCUGAUGCGGUGCCGAAAUAAGAUGAUUCUUUUGCUAGACGAUAAAAAUUUCGCCAAAGGGUUGCGGUUCUCUCACAUUUUGAUUGCAACCCCCGAGCUGACGAGUCGAGAGUCGGCCACUGGCUGCAGGACAAGUGAGAGCCCCAGCGAACCGGCCUCGACAUCGAGCCUUGUCACCAGCAGCGACAGUGGAACCACGACCACAACAACAACCACAGCGACGGUAACCACAGACGCUCCCGUCACCAUGCUUCUACUUCAACAGCCACAGAGCUCACAGUUCAGUGGCAGCAUUUUGAGUCCGGAAUUCAGCAUUCCUUUGCCAGAGGAGGCCGCAUUCAUUGGGGACGACUUCGAGCUGCCUCCUUUGGAGUAUAUAGCCCCAUCGAAGGCGUUUCUCAGCGGUGGAGACAGUCACAGCAACAGCACUUUUCAAGAGAUGUUCCAGCAGGGCACUUUUGGCACGCCAACAACUGAAGAUCUCACUCCUACAACAACAGACGGUGGCAUUGCCUCUCUGCCCAGUUUCCAGGAGACAUAUUCUCCUCGCUACAGGAGGUCUGACGUUUGUGGCGUCUUCUCAUUCAAGUUCGAGGACAUACCUACUGGUGAUGACGUACCAAUGGAGGAAGAUAUUGAACUGAUGAACAUCUUUGCAGAAGGGGAUCGUUUCUCGAUAUCUAUGGCCACAUUCCCUCAAUCCGAUGAUGUGACAUCCAUCACCACUCUGGCAACAGCGACUCCAUCUCUGGACAGUCCGGGUCCAUCAUCUUCGUCGUUCAUGCCCCCGUCCUUUGCUUCAGAGAGCGGUCCUUCAAAACCAUCAUUUCAUCAGUUGGUGGCACCAUUUCCUACGUCGUUCUCAGGAGUCUCUGGACUUUCUGGAGAGGGUCCUUCAUCAUUUGGUCAGGCCUCUCCAACACUGCACGAAUUAACCUCCCCAUCUCCCAGUCCCAAGCCAUCACGAACCACCAGGAAACCAUCACCCACUCUAUCUAGUCCAUCUGUUACAGAAAACAUCCGCCAUCCAACACCCACAACUCCAACCACCCCCAGUGGAACAUCUGGAUCCAGUCGUUCAUCUCCAGGCGUGCCAGAAAGCACCCCUCCACCCUCCAUGCUAUGUGCAGUGUGUGGCGACAAUGCUGCUUGCCAACAUUACGGUGUCCGAACAUGCGAAGGCUGUAAAGGUUUCUUCAAGAGGACAGUUCAGAAAAACGCCAAAUAUGUCUGUCUGGGUAACAAAGAUUGUCCAGUUGACAAAAGAAGGAGGAACAGGUGUCAGUUCUGCAGGUUUCAGAAAUGCUUGGCAGUUGGAAUGGUCAAAGAAGUUGUAAGGACGGAUAGCUUAAAAGGACGACGUGGCCGGCUGCCUUCCAAACCUAAAUCCCCACAAGAAUCUCCCCCAUCACCGCCGGUCAGUACUAUAACUGCCCUUGUGCGGGCUCAUGUGGACACAACGCCGGACCUUGCAAACCUUGAUUAUACACAGUACCAGGAACCAAGCAGCCAGAAACAGGAGACAACUACAGCUGCUGAGCAGGUGCAGCAAUUUUAUGAUCUGCUCGUCUCUUCGAUCGAAGUGAUUCGUCAGUUCGCUGACAAAGUUCCAGGUUUUGCGGAUCUCACAAAAGAGGACCAGGAAUUACUUUUCCACUCAGCCUGUUUGGAACUUUUUUCACUCAGGUUAGCCUACAGAAUUCAUCCUGAUGACGAAAAAUUAACUUUCUGCAACGGAACUGUUUUAAGUCGAGAGCAAUGUCAGCAGAUCUUUGGAGAUUGGUUGAACACCAUUCUGGAUUUCUCUGCCAGUCUGCACAGUAUGGACAUCGACAUUUCUGCCUUCGCUUGUCUUUGCGCACUCGCACUUGUUGCUGAACGCCAUGGCCUCAAAGAGCCUCAACGGGUGGAGCAGGUGCAGAUGAAGAUUAUCGGAUCCCUUCGCGACCACGUCACGUACAACAACGAAGCACAGAAGAAGCGACAUUAUUUCAGUCGCAUCCUCACCCAACUGCCCGAACUGAGGACACUCAGCGUUCAGGGACUGCAGCGCAUCUUCUACCUCAGGCUGGAGGACCUUGUUCCCGCACCCCCGCUGGUGGAGAACAUCUUCACGUCCAGCCUGCCCUUCUAAGACCACAGAGCGAAGCCGGACCACGUCCGGUCAUUUUGUUUGCCCGAAGCUCGGGGUGGCUAGCAGGGUGCGAAAAUCCACACGGCAUGACCCGUUCGCAUCAGGCAGAGCGAAAGCUGGGCCCCGCACACCAAGAUCUCGGGACCCGCCUGGGCGCAGGGCAUGACCCCCCUCCCGUCACAAGAAACUUUCGCACCCUGCGAUGGGUCCACCCUUGCGAAGAACUCAAGGAUCUUCGCUGUAGCCCAAAAAGUCCAUGUGUAAUUCAAUCUUUUAGGAGAUAAAUUAUAGACUUGUCAAGUAGUGUUCUAUCUGGGACAGAAAUUGUCUCCUCCCAGAUAGAUGUCCGCCAGCUAGAAAAUUCCGAUGUCUCUGCACUCGAUGGUCGUUCAUUAGAUGGACGGGAUUACUUCAAACGAAAACACACAAAAAAAGAAAUGCAAUCAGAAUCGUGUUUCAGCAAACUGAUAGAUGAUUGGUAACCAAAAGAUUUGAAAAGCCACCAGCUAGAAUCUUCCCGUAUGGGUUGUCGAAAGAUAAAUAAAUUGUUACAAAAAAAAUCACCAAAAAUUAACAUAGGACUGUGUUUCAAAUAAUCGAAAACUGAUUGCCAAAAGACAUUGUUUCAACAAUCACAAAAAUGUUAAAGAUGGAAUUUUUUCUAAAUUCAACUGUAUCCGAUGCUAAAGAUUGGUAAUCAAAGAAUGUUUAAGAGUUUAUAAAUGUAUUUAAUGAUCAUCCAUCUGUUGCUAUAAAUCACUCGCAGUAAAAGACGCUUUCGAUGUUUAAAAAUAGAAAACCAAAGAUCAUAAGCACUAAUUGUUGGAUCAUUUACAGUAAAAAUUGUUAUUGAACUCUUCUGUGGUCUUUCAAAACGAAGACAUGGGGCUCGGCAUUUAUUUGUAGAAAUAUUUGAGGCAUUUUUGCGAGUAUAUUUUUAUUGUUGCUUGUUUGAAACUUAUUUACUAUUUACGUUCAGUUGAACUUAUUUAUCAGUAUUUUAAUUAAGUCAACCAAAUUUAAUUCUUUGGGAAAUUAAGAUACGUAGCUCUCGCAAAUAUUAUAUUAGCCACGUUCUUAAUUAAGAUAGGGCAUUAUUUUUUGUUGCAUUGAAUAUGUGAAAAAUAUUGCAUAAUUGGAGCUCAGGUAUAUAUAAUAUAUAUAUAUUGUGUAACUGAGUUUUUAAAGUAUCUGCUGUUAUUCUAUUGUUGAAUAUAUACUUCUGCAUUUAAGUAUAAAAACCUCAUGUGAUAAAAUGAAAUUAAUGGUUUUCAGUAAUUUAACAUGAAUCUUUCACAUUGUUGUGUUUUAAUAUUGUUUAGUAUAAAAUUCAAAGCAACAUUAGAACCACCGAAUUAAAUAUGGUUGACAUUUAAACUAUUUUAUUAGUUAAUUUUUUUAGGUGGACUUUAGCAGAUAAUUGACUUAUUUCCAAAGUUCCUUUUUCUUUUUCUUUUUUUUUUUUUCUUUUUUUUUUGUAACUAAAAGAAGCAUGUUCGAUUUUCAAAUUCAAACUUAUCAUGUUCUUUUAACUUACUUUUGCUAGCAUUCGAAUAUAUUUUAAUGAUAAACUUUCAAGUAUUAUCAGAUCCAAAUAAAUAGUUAUAUUCACACUGUUGAUAAUAAUAUAAUUUAACUAAUAUUAGUGGUAGUAUUUAAUAAUAGUGUAGUCAAACUUGGCUUUCCUUUCAGAUUUAUGUAGUUUCAGAAUAUUAAUAUCUCUAAUACCUGUGAUAGGAUAUACUGUAGUGCAUUUGUUUUCCUUUUAGUCAUUAUUGGGCAUUCAUUAAACCAGUACAGGCAUGUAGACUGUGAUACUAGUUUAGUUUUCCUUUUACAUUGUACGGAGAUUAUACAAGGAAGUAAAAUUUUGAAAGAACUGCUGUUUAAAAUUAUGUGCAAUAUAUAUAUACAUAUAUUUAUCCUUUACUGUGGAGAGAGUAUUUAAAACUGUUUCAAACUGAAUAUUUAUUCUAUAUCUAUAUAUGUUGUUCAAUGCGUAAAUAUAUAUAUAUAUUUAUUGGUUCUGUUGGAUGUUAUAUAAAUUAUUGUAACUUCAUGACAAAAAUUAGAUAUAUUUAUUAAAAUUAUUUCUCCAUUCAUUUUAUAAAUACUAUUUCUUUCGUUUCGAUCUCCAUCUUUAAAAUCUGCUCUUCGAGAAUAUUUUGAAGGCAAAAUUUUGAAUUUAAAACAAACACUCUACAGCAAUACUUAUAUAUAAAAAAAUUAAAUGCCAAUUUUUGCAUUUAAAUAACAAAGACAAUAUUCCUUGAAUUUAAAACUUCAUUACAAAAAUUUCUUUAUAAUAUUUUAAAUAUAAGCGAAUUUUUUUAAAAAAAAGAUGACUUGCAAAAUAUAUAAUAUAAAAAAAAAACUUCACGUCAUUCUUAAUCUCAUAAAAUACAUAUUCUGAAAUUUAUAUUUAUCCUUCCAUAUAAAUUACUCUAUUUUCAUUUAAAUAUGAAUAAAUAAAUAAUUUAUGAAAGUGAGUAAUAUAUAAACUAUAGCAAUAAAUUAAAGGAAAUUUAAUUAUGAAGUUAAUUCAUCACUUAAUUAUAUGUAGCCUUGUUAAUAUGAAUAUAUAUGCAGUCAUGCUUAUUUUUAUGAAAUUCUAUAUUAGUUUCGAAUUUCAUUUCAAAGUUCGCACCAUUCAAACUUUAUUAAAAUACCUCAUUUUAUCGCACAUGUAAUGAUUCUACUCCACGUAUUAAUAUCUUGCACACAAAUCUUGAAAGUUUACAGAAUUCGAAUAAGUUGGAUCAGAAAUUGGCAAAAACAAUCACGGUGUAUCUCGUCCAUUUCGUAUUGUGCCGAGCUUUUGUGAACCAGUUCGGUAAAUCAACCGAAACGUUUUGUGCAAUAUCAUGUUCCGAGUUUUCACAUUAUUGAAAUAUGUCUCAUCAUCCCAUGAUUUAAUACAAAACAAACGUUAUAAGUUAGUAAAGUUCCAUGCACACGUCAUUUGCGCUCUUUUUAGCUAGAACAUUCCUCGAGCAUGCGUCGAGGGGAAAAAAAAAAUUCGAAUUCUGAAAGAAUUUCGUUGUACAAGAAAUUCUACGAGAAUUAAGUCGUGUCUGUCCAUGAGCUGUAUUCUCUGCUUGAAACAUAUCUUUACUGUUAACUGCAGGAAAGUUUCCAGAACUGAUUGAAAUAUUUAUUGUCUUUUGGUGGCAACAGAAAUAAAUCAGGAAAUCGCUAGUAUCAGCACCGCGCGUUUGCCUCGCCUAUUUUUCAUCUCUGGUACAAUUAAUACUUCUUUCUCUAUGUAAAUGUACUUAAAAAAGCUCUGUGAUGUAUUUUUUUAAAAUCUUCACUGGGAUCUAGUCGUCAUUUUAUGCCAUAUGUGUUCACUGGCUGAAAUAAUACUACAUGCUGCCGGUUGUUUUAAAGUUGCAGAACGGUUUGGGAAGCAUUGUGAAAUUCAUUGUAUAUUUGCUGAAUUGUCAGUUCAUAAAAAGCAUACCUUUGGAAGAUGUGAAUGUAGUAUACUGUUAGAAGGAGGAUGACUUCUUUCUUUAAAAAAAAUGUUCAUGCAUGUAUUCAUGAUCUCAUACUACAAAAAUUUGCAUUUCACUUUUCAUUCACUAUUGUUAUGCAUCAAAGUUCACUAAUUUUUUUUUUCUUUGUGAACUACAAAUUAUAUAUUAUUAACGGUUUUGAUGUUAUAAUUCAAACCAAAAAUGCUUUUAAAUUUGAAGAUACAAAUCUAUUUGGAAAUGUAUGUAAAUAAUUGUGCAAAAAUAUGUAAAUAACUUAUUUAAAAUAUUUAUCUAACUUCUUUUAUUAAAAGAAAAUAUUGAAUGGAAAAGCACAAUUAUGCUUGUUAAUUUUAUGUUAUAAAUAAUGAAAUUAUAUUGUUAUUACACAUAAGUAAAUUUGAACAAAUGAUUUACUAUUUUAAACGUUAUUUGAUGAAGAUAUUGCCAUCUUUUAUUCCUUCUCUCGAUGUACUUUUAUUGUUGUUUUGUUUUUUGCCAUUAUGUAAAUUUUUGUUUGUUUCUGUAUAUAUUAUUUAUUUAAAUGUUAUAUGUCUCACAUGAUAUUAUCAUUGUUAGUGUUCCAAAACUUUGUUGUUAUAAUGUAUUGUUAACUUUGAACUUUAUUUUUGAAAUUCUAUUCUCUGUUAUAAAUGGGACAUUUUUACUGAACUGUUUUGCAUUUUACUUGUUCUUAAGGGUAAUUCCUAUUUCUUGCACUACUUUGAAAUCGUUUAAGAAUUUAUAUUACUGUAUAUUCAUAGAGCUUUUCGGUUUCAAAUUCCAUUUGUUUUGUUUUGUUGUGCUAUUCAAUUUUACCAUGAUUAAAAAUAGUUUAAACGAUUGAAAUAUGGCAUAUCAUUAAAAAAAAAUUAAUACAUUAGGAAUAGAGAAAUUUAUAUUUUGCUCAUAUAUUUAUUUGAUUUUAAAAUUCGUUAUAUAUAUCUUUGAUAUUUUUAUUUUGAAAUUUCAGAGUUGAAUGUACUUAUGCUAUAAAAUUUUAUUGGAUUUUAAAUUCUGGAAUUUCAAGGAAAAAAUUAAGCAUCAAUUUGAAUCUUUUAUUUUUUUAAUUUUAGAAGUUCAGUUCAAAAAAUUGAAUUCUUAAUUUGGAAAAAAGAUGCAAUUGUAAAUAAUUUUUAGUAAAAGCAUGCAUUUUAACAUCAAUCUUGAUAUUGCAUUAGUUAUAUAAAAAACAAUUAUUUCAAGUAAAUGCUAAUUUAUUUAAAUGUUUUAAUUAUCUAUAGAUUGUUUACUGUUCUUAAAAUGCAUUAUUGGAACAAUUUUUAAUCCCAGUAUUCAAAAUUCUAUUUCGUUCAAAAUUUAAUAUAUCUUAAUUAAACUUUGCAAACAGAAAGUAAAAAAAAAAAUCGUCUGCCAAAAUUUUACACUUUAUUGUUUAACAUAGAAUUGUAAAAAUAAUUCUAUGUCAUACAUUGACAAAAGAGAUUAUUACAUAAAAAAAAGAAAAAAAAAUUCAGAUAUCUUUUGGGCAGUUUUAUUACUAGAAUUAUUUGUAUAUGGAUACUCUUUAUUUGAAAUAUACUUUGAACUGGACUUCUUUAAUUCUUUUAUCAAAAUUUAUUCAUAUAGAUACAUGAAUUUAAUAUGAAAAAAGUCAUUUGUGGAUGAGAUACUUUCACCUUUCAUGAAAUAUGAAAUGUCUUGUAAUUUAACACUGCAAGCAUAAAAUAUAAGACAAGAAUUUUUGAAUUUUAACUUCAUUAAAUUUUCAAAUAUUUUACUUUUUCUUUCUAAGUGUGUUGUACUUUUUCGCAAAAUUUCAGCACUCUUUUUGCCUUAGAAAUGCAUUUACACCUUUGAAUGAAGCUGUAUAAUUUAGACUGUAUUUCAGUGACAUAAUGUUAAAGUGAUCUAUGAAAUAUUUGUCAAAUCAUGACGUAGGUGUAAUCGAACAUUACACUGAUUCUGAAAGAAUUGUUUUUUUUCUCACAGUUCGACCAAAUAUCUUAUCGAUUCUGUUAUAUCCCAGAGAUGUCAUAUUUUUGCUUGACUGAAAAUAAUUGUUCGUCGUUCAUAGAGCAUUAUGCUCCUAGUCAACUUUAAAAAAAUAUUUAAUGUUGUUAUAUGUAUUGUAGAAUAUUAAAGUCGAAUAUAAAGUUUAUUAUUGUU